CUGCAUUUGAUUUGGAUAUCUUCAGUUCUAGAUAAAAAAAAGGACUGCGCUUUUUCCUUUUCUUUUACUUCCCGUUAUUUGAUAAUUAAUGGCAAAUAUUUAGUAAUCGCUGGCGGUGUAGGCAGCUAAGUAGAGAAACCCUAAACAAGUGACCCAAGAGAAGAAUUUUUUCUUUUCUUUUCUUGGAACAUUUUUAGCGUUUCAUAUCAUUUUUAUUUAUUUAUUCGAGGUAGAAAUUAUGGAAAAAUCAUCACGGAUAAAAGGAGCAGAAUCGGUGUUAAAUCUUGAACCAAACUCUUCGAUUGCUAUUGGGUAUCACGCUCUCUUUGGUUCUCAUGAUGAUCUGAUGCUCCUUGAGAUUGAUGAGAAACUCCUCCCUGAUAUCCUCCACGAGAGGGUGGCGUUAAGAGGCCAGCUGGAUGAAGAUUCAGUGCUUUGUACUCCGUCAAAAACUUAUGCCAUUAAGUUUGUUGGAAAUUCUAAUUCUCCAUUCCUUAUACCCCCGUCAGGUCAAUUCGCACUCUGUGAAAAUUCACAAGAUUUUGAUGGGGAAAUUAAUGAUUUUGCACCUGUCAUUAAAGUUGCACCUGGAAACAUGGAGCUCGUUGAGGUUGCUCCCAAGCUUGACAGGCUUAAAUUGCUUCUUUCAGAAAAUCCUUACAGCUAUGAGGAUGUUUUAGAAAUGGAUUUCAUGGAGGAUGUGGAGAAAAAUAAAGCAAGAUUGUAUAAUUGGGAUGAUCUGGUUGAAAGGGUUCAGGCUAGUGAUGAGGAGUUGAGGAAUGGAUUAUGUGCUCUUUCAGCUGUGGAGAUUGAUGGGUUUUGGAGAAUUGUUGAUGAAAAAUACAUGGACAUGAUUCUGAGGAUGCUUUUGCACAAUUCAAUUUUGAAUGACUGGUCACUGGAUGCACUCAACGAAGAUGAUGUUAUGAGUGUGCUGGUGUCUGAUGGAUUUCCUGAUAAGCUUGCCUGUCAUUGUUUGCAUGUUUAUGGUAGUAAGGUGGAUGGGGAUGUGGGAAGGACUUGUGUUUGGAGGUUGGAUGAGAGUCGUGUAUGUGUGCAUUUUGCAAGACAAAUCUUGAGCGCAGGGAAGAAGAAGAUGGAGACUUUUAUGGCUGAAUGGUUGCAGAGGAUUCCGGGUAGGAUGCAGGCAAGUUUCAACAUGUUGGAAGGUGAAGUUUUGACGGAGAAGCUUGGCGUUGAGACAUGGGUUUAUUCCUUCAGUGUUUCUUCAUUGCCCUUAACACCUGCUGAACGUUUCAAUAUGCUCUUUAGAGAGCGGUCAAAAUGGGAGUGGAAGGAUUUACAGCCAUAUAUAAGAGAUCUAAAAGUACCUGGCCUUUCUUCAGAAGGUUUGCUGCUCAAGUACACUCGAAGAACACAACCAACCUUAGAUGCAGAUCCUGUUUUCAGUUCAAGAUAGUGCACAAAUUUAUUUCUGUCAGGCAUUAUCCUUGUAACCUAAGUGUAUCAUUUUAUGUGGUCAAGAUGUGCAUGUGUUAUUUGUGCAUACCCUUCUUUGUCAAAGUGUUGCAUGUCGUCUUUGUAAAACACAAAUGCUUCUGCAUAAUAUGUUGACUGCAAACACUCUUUAAGUUAA